AUGUUGGAAACUAAGGAAUUAACAUCAUCAUCAGAAGAAGACGGUGAAGGCAUUCAAAAAAUAGUCAACAUAUAUGAAAUAUGCAAUAAUUGGGCAAAUUAUGAUAUGGAUAUGACUAGUAAUAAUACGAGUAUUCAUAGUAAUCAUAAUCAUACUACUGAUAAUGGUACCAGUAGUAGUAUUAGUAGUACUAGUACAAUGACUUCACAAUGGACUAUCAAUGAUAUUCUACCCGCAUAUUUAACUGAGAAUAAUACAUCUAUGAAUAAUCAUAAUAUCAUGAAUACAACAACAAGUAUUGUGUCAAGUAUAAAUAAUAAAAAUGUACUAACCAGUACUACCACUACUAAUACUACUAGUACUACUACUACUACCAAUAGUAAUCAUAUCAAUCUAUACGCACCCGCAUAUUCCAAUCAUAUACACUUACCAUCGAUUGAAUCAGUUAGACAAUGUACACCUGCUCAUCAUCAACAUGGUCACCAAGAUCACGAAGAUCAAGAAUUUCACAAUGAUCUUAAUCAAACCAACUUGUAUUCCACUUCCUACUAUCAUUGUUAUGAUCAUGAUCAUCAUUUGCAUUAUUGGCCAUCUGAUGAGGAACCUAAUGAAUAUGUAAGAAAUUUGUAUAAAUCUGAACAUUUCCUAUCCCGUAUUACUGAUGAAACAUGUGAUCAGAGCGAUUCACAACAAAUUCAUUUAGAUAUAAAUCAAAGUAGGAGGAUUAAUCAUUGUUCGCCUACUACUACUACUACUACUACUACUACAAUUGAGCCGAAUUCUACGAAUAUAGUCAAAUGUCAAGUGUCUACAUUGAAUUCACCAAGUUCAAUUGUCAAUUUAAAUCAAAUUCAUCAAUAUACAUGGAUAACAUGUAAUGAAAUUCAAGUGAAUAGUAAUAAUAGUACUGAGAGUAUCAAAGAAUCAAAAGAUAAUUCCAGUCUACCGCCGAUACAACAUCAGCAACAUCAGCAACAACAUUUAUGGGAUAUAAAAGAUUUAAAAUUGCCCAAAGUCACUUAUUAUGAUUUAUAUGAAUUAUGGCCAACUGGACAUUGUCGACGUGUCUAUGCAUCGACAUGUGAACGUGCACGACGUCAUCAAAGUGGUUGGGCUAUGCGUAACACAAAUAAUCAUAAUCCGCAAGUAUUGAAAAAAUCAUGUCUUGGCGUGUUGGAAUGUACAGCCAAUUGUAUGGUACAAGGGAAACCACUGAGUCUGCGUCCAGCAAUAUGUGAUAAAGCGAGAAAGAAACAAUGCAAUCGUCAAUGUAUCACACCUGGUUGUAAAGGUCGUUUGAUUCUACGCAAUUGUCGUGGUCAUAGCGGUUAUCCAGUGACACAUUUUUGGCGUUUUGCUAACGGUGCUGUUUAUUUCGAAGCGAAAGGUGAACAUGAUCAUAAUCGUCCAUCAUUGAAAACAUUCGGACUGUCGGAUUCUGAGACAACUAUGGUAAAUCAUGUGAUAACUGGAACGAAGCCAAUUACUACUACUGCGGCGGCGGUUACCAUGACAACCGUCACCACCCCUACUAGUACUACUACUACUACUACUAGUGCUAUGGAUAGCUUAACUACGACAAUAACACCUACAACAACAACAGCAGUAGUAGCGUUAACAGAUAACGCUGGAAAUUUCAAUGUUCAAUGUAUUGAACAUUUAACGCCCCAUUUUGACAAUUGUCGACAACACCAACACCAACAGCAGCCAUUGAAUCAUGAUGGCGGUCAAUUUGUUGCACAAACUGACCAAUCAAUGAUGUUUCAACAGAAUUUAAAUUUCAAUUUAUCAAUAUCCAAUAAUUGUGAUAAUAAUAAUAGUAAAGAAUUUGAAAAUCCGCCAUUAUUAUUAUUCAGACAAUUAAAACAAAAUGGAAAAAAACGUGCUAAUAAUGGUAGGCGGAGAAAACGAUUGAAUCAUGAAAACAAACUGACCAGUACAUAUUUCAAAAAACAACAAAAAUGUGAAAAUUAUUUGAAAUUUUCACCUACCGAGUCCACUGGUGUUGAUAUGAAACGAAAUCGAAAAAAUCAAUUAAAUACACCAUUGACUAAUGAUAAUAAUACUAGUCAACAAUAUCACAGUCAGCCAUUUUAUCAUAAUGAUACUAUAAAUAGUAAUAAUAAUAAUUAUAAUUAUUAUGAUGAUUGUUCAAUGAACAUUGAUCAACAUCAUCAUCAACAUCACCGUUCAAUGUUCAAUGAUCAAUCAAUGAAUUCAAUGUGUUCAACGUCAAAUUCAUCAACAUCAUCAUCAGUGUUACAAAUAGCAACAACCAAUCACCAACAACAACAUCCACCUUAUUAUCAUCAUUAUUACUACUACUAUUCGUUACCAUUGAAGAAAAAUGCUGAAAAUGAUUUUUUCAGUCAAUCGAACUCACUGAAUAACAAUAAUUACGUAACACCUACUAGUGGUCAUGGUAUGUCAACAAUGCAUUAUUAUUCACCAAAUUGGCAGUUAUCCCCAUCAUCAUUAUCUGUUUAUUCCACAUGUUCCUCCUCGUCAUCCUCGUCAACCUCGUCAUUGUGUUCAUGUUCAUCCCUGUCAUCAUCAACAUCAUCAACAUGCUAUCAGACAACACCUUACUACAUUCAUGUCAAUUCAAAUGAAUCUUAUUUUAUCUCAACGAACAAUCAUAAUUAUUGUCCUUCACAAUUGAACACAUAUUCACGUUGUCAUGGUGAUGAUGAAUAUUAUUAUUAUUUUCAACCGGUUUUUUUCAAUUCAACAUGCGACGAGGAUGAUGAUGAAAUUUAUGAAAACGUUUCUCAUCAUCAUCAUUCUCAUUCUACACCACUACAACAACCACAAUCGAUGAACGCAAAUCAUGAUCAAUAUCCCCAGAAUAACGAUAAUUAUUACUGCAACUAUUAUUCUCAUCAUUCUAAUCCUUGGUUAACAAUGUCAGAUCAUGUAAUUACUAAUACUACUCAUAAUAACAAUACUACUUAUUCCACAAAAUCGAUCAAUCAUUAUCCCAUGGAUUGUUUCCAGUCAAAUAGUCAACUUUAUUAUCAAGAACAAGCAACAACACCGCCGCCGUCACUGCCACUGCCAUCGCAACAACAGCAAGGACAACUGACCGUUCAAUGUUCAAUCACAGAAAACAUUGAUCAAUACACCCCGAUAAGAAAACAAUUGAUGCAAGUUAGUAGCAGCAGCAAUAACGAUGCGCAUUGUGAUUUAAGCAACUCAGCAAUAAAUUACUACUAUCCACUUGUGUUGAAUUCAUCCAGCAUGCAUUGUUUACAGGAACAACAUGAAUUUGCGAAAGAAUUCAGUCGGGAAGAUGGUUUACAUGAAGGUGGAGAACAGGAUGACGAUCAGGAGGAUGGUGAAGAUGAAGAAGAAGGCGUGGAAGAGCAUUUUGACGAUGAUUCGCAUCAGUAUGAUCAUCAUUAUCAUGAACAACCGCAACACCAGCACCAACCUCACAAUGAAUUCAUCAUUGAUCAAAAUCUAUUCAAAACAACAACGGAUUGGUCGAAUAAUAAUGUAUAUUAUUUAAACAAUUCGUCAACAGUGUCAAUAAAACAACCCGGUCAAUUUGAACAAGAUUUCAUGGUAGAAAAUGGCGGCGGCGGCAGCGGCAGCAGUAAUCAAUAUUGUUUUGAAGAAUGUCUUGUGGGAACUACCACUGGUGGUGACACUACUACUCUCACUACUACUACUAGUACUGCUACUGACACUACUAAUAAUAGUAGUAAUCAUCAACAUGAAUAUUCAACCAAUCAGAAUUGCCCUAGUGAAUUUGACAAUUCAUUGUUCAACUAUUAUUUCAUUGUCAAUCAACAACAACCGGUAUCAUUGGACAAUUGA